AUGGCUCGGUGGCAGCGGGCUGCCCCCCUGAACCUAACUCUCCUCCUACCGAGAGUAUUCAGCACUGCCAGGUCGGAAAGGGUUGAGGUGAAAUGUGGUUCUGGAGGUCAUGUAACCAUCGAUUUGCUCAACAUGUCUGAAGCUCCCUCUGUGGACAUGCCAUUAUUGGUACAUCUGCCUCCCUUCCCUUCACUAAGUGGCAGUCCAUCUCCGCUCCCCACUUGUUUCGGGGCUCUCCCAGUUGCAAAUAUCAAUUACCGCUGGAGGCCGUUUUCAAAACCCGCAGGCGAAGAUGACCAUUCCACCCCGUUGCAUUGGCCAACGCCGGUUCACGAUGCGGCAGUUGCCUUUACGUGGCUCGUGGCAAACUUGUCCCCUCCUGGGAACACUCGACGCGACAUCUACGUGUACGGGUCGUAUUUGGGCGCCAGUUUGGCGGCGUCCUUGGCAUUGACUGAAAGCCAUUCGCACGCUAGAUUUGGUGUGAGAGGUUUCAUGGCCUACAAUGGAAUCUAUAACUGGACAAUGUUCCUCCCAGACCAUCGAAUCAACAAGCCUCGAAGGAGCAAGGUGACCACAAGCACGCCAAGUCUGGCGGAGGGAUCUCAUCUUCACACGCUGCAGGAACAAAUACCUGCCCUGUUCAACUUACCGUCGAACUUAUUUGAUCCCUUUGCAAGCCCGAGCCUCUUUUUCCACAGUCCCGGGUUGCUUGUUCCACAGUCAUUCCACAUGACGGUGGAACAAGCGGCACUGUUGGACAGCAUGACCAGUGACGAGGAAGUUCCAUUUGGAUCCAUCAAGGCGCCGCGUAAAUCACAUCUGGUAUUCCCGCCUCGGAACUCCACUCUAAAGAUACCGGAGACGCUUCUUUUAUUCGACUCGGCACCGAUGCUUACCCGAAAGAACAUUGUUGAAUCAUCAACCAAUCGAAGAAAGAAGCGGGCGGCUGCUCACAGCUUCAAAGCACAAGCCACAGAGCUAUCCGUUUUAAUGCGACGAAGCGUAGAUGGGGUGGAACUGGCAGAACGUAGAAAAUGGGAUGAUGAAAUCCACAAUUUUGUAAAUGAAGCUGCAACAAGAGUUCAGCUAGUCGAGACAGGUCCGGAGAAGGACCAUGUACAGCUCAGUGAAUCAGGACAAGAUGCGAUUGCGUCUUGGAUGCAAGAUAGGUUAAAUAAACUGCAAAGUUCCUAA